ACGCGCGGCCUCGGACCCGCGCGCGCCGCGCCCUCCGGCUCGGGGUCGGGCAGCGGAUUCGCCGCCUGCCCCUCCCGCGGACGGCCCCCUCGACUUUCUCGGGGCCUGGCGGCCCCGGGGCUCCUUCCUAUCAGCCCCGGACAGGGGCCCCUUCCAGUCGGGGACCCUCCCCUCGUCCACUGAGGAGGACUGGACACCUGCCGCUGUAUCUCGCUAAAACGGGGUCUUCUCUCUGCCGUUCCCUCACACCCACGCAGACGGCAGAGAGCUGCACGAUCCCGUUUUGCCCUCUUUUCCAAUUCCAGAACCUUCUGACCUCCGCUAGUUCCUGCUGGCCCCUGCCCCUUGCCCCGUCCGUGCUCACGGGCGGACAGCCCUCGGCCCCAUACCGCCCGGGCCUGGCGCGGUGCCUGCGGGCCCCUUCCUCUCUCUUCCGUCCCCCUCACCCCUAGUCCGCUCCCCCUCUGUCUUCUCUUGGAGCCCCCGUCUGACCAGGGGCCGGUGGGCACUCCUACCCCAGGAUGUGAGCCCCGUUAACCUGUAAUGCUCUGGCUGGCUCUUGGCCCCUUUCAUGCCAUGGAGAACCAGGUGCUGGUGAUUCGCAUCAAGAUUCCAAAUAGUGGCGCGGUGGACUGGACAGUGCACUCCGGGCCGCAGUUACUCUUCAGGGACGUGCUGGAUGUGAUAGGCCAGGUUCUGCCUGAAGCAACAACAACAGCAUUUGAAUAUGAAGAUGAAGAUGGUGAUCGAAUUACAGUGAGAAGUGAUGAAGAAAUGAAGGCAAUGCUGUCAUAUUAUUAUUCCACAGUCAUGGAACAGCAAGUAAAUGGACAGUUAAUAGAGCCUCUGCAGAUAUUUCCAAGAGCCUGCAAGCCUCCUGGGGAACGGAACAUACAUGGCCUGAAGGUAAAUACCCGGGCCGGACCUUCUCAACACAGCAGCCCAGCAGUCUCAGAUUCACUUCCAAGCAAUAGCUUAAAGAAGUCCUCUGCAGAACUGAAAAAAAUAUUAGCAAAUGGCCAGAUGAAUGAACAAGACAUACGGUAUCGAGACACUCUUGGUCAUGGCAACGGCGGCACAGUCUACAAAGCAUAUCAUGUCCCGAGUGGGAAAAUAUUAGCAGUAAAGGUCAUACUACUAGAUAUUACACUGGAACUUCAGAAGCAAAUUAUGUCUGAAUUGGAAAUUCUUUAUAAGUGUGAUUCAUCAUAUAUCAUAGGGUUUUAUGGUGCAUUUUUUGUAGAAAACAGAAUUUCGAUAUGUACAGAAUUCAUGGAUGGGGGAUCUUUGGAUGUAUAUAGAAAAAUUCCAGAGCAUGUCCUUGGAAGAAUUGCAGUAGCAGUUGUUAAAGGCCUUACCUACCUGUGGAGUUUAAAGAUUUUACAUAGAGAUGUGAAGCCCUCCAAUAUGCUAGUAAACACAAGAGGACAGGUCAAGCUGUGUGAUUUUGGAGUUAGCACUCAGCUGGUGAAUUCUAUAGCCAAGACGUAUGUUGGAACAAAUGCUUAUAUGGCGCCUGAAAGAAUUUCAGGGGAGCAGUAUGGAAUCCAUUCUGAUGUCUGGAGCUUAGGAAUCUCUUUCAUGGAGCUUGCUCUUGGGAGGUUUCCAUAUCCUCAGAUUCAGAAAAACCAGGGAUCUUUAAUGCCUCUCCAGCUUCUGCAGUGCAUUGUUGAUGAGGAUUCGCCUGUCCUUCCGGUUGGAGAGUUCUCCGAGCCAUUUGUACAUUUCAUCACUCAGUGCAUGCGAAAACAGCCAAAAGAAAGGCCAGCACCUGAGGAAUUGAUGGGCCACCCAUUCAUCGUGCAGUUCAACGACGGAAAUGCCGCCGUGGUGUCCAUGUGGGUGUGCAGGGCGCUGGAGGAGAGGCGGAGCCAGCAGGGGCCCCCGUGAGGCCGCAGUGGGAUGCUGAAAGCCCAGGAGUGGUCACCAAGGGGAAACCCCACCUGUUGCACCCUCUUUCCGUUUGCUGUCUGCACCAGAAGAGCUUUGCUGGGCCCCAGCCUCCCUGCUCACCUUGAACUCUGCCGGCAGAUGGCCUUGCCUAGGGAGCCCUCGAGGGUGGCCAGCCCCUGCUCUGCCAGGGCAAGCCCUCACCCCCUCCGGGCUGGAGGCACUGACUGGGGGGCGGAUAGAGGGGUGGGAGUAUCAAGAGUGGAGGCUCCUAGGCCCCUGCCACUUUUCCUUUUUCCUAACAUUUUUGUUUGUAAAGGGUCAGGCCCUGUCAGCAUCACUGAUGGGAAUAAAAGUGUUACUGCUUUGUG